AUGGACGCUUUGCCCAAGAUCAAAUGCUCCGACUGCCAUGCGGAAGUCGAGCUCGUUGCCCUCGGAGACCAUGUUUGCUCAAAAGCCGCGGGUCCUACUGUGACAACUUCUCCCGUUGAAGAGAAAUUGUCAGUGGCAGAGUUCAACGAACACGGCCCGCCACCGAAACGGAGUCUCAGUCGUGAGUCCCUGUUUAACAGGUUAGGACGUGUGCAGCCACCUCCAAGGAUAGAUCCAACUGCUGCUAGUACGUAUAUAUCAUCCCACAGUUACCGUGGAAUUAUGGCUUCAGGCCUGACGGUACAUGCUAACAAAUUUCUAGAUCGACCAUUUUUAUCACCCGGUGCUCAGAUGUCUCCUCACACUGGAAGCUUUGGAGCACUCACUCCACGGUCUGCCUCACCACUUUCACCCCUCCAGCAGCUACAGCGAAGCCAUACCAGCCCAGUCGCCUCGCAAUCUUCGGUUGUUGCAGUUGUGCCUGAAGGAAAAGCAAAUUUAGACUGUGCUUUCCCUCCUUUUCCUAGGUCGGCUUCUGCAGGCGGAUCAAAAGCGAAGAGGCUUGCAUCUAUAAGAUCUAUAAACACAAAUGUUUCUUCUCGCAGAGGGGUUACCUCUCCCUCACCUUCAGAUGGAAGCUAUAUGUCCCCAUCGACGGACGGCCGAAGUUCACGCGCAACAACUAUCAACAGGCAUAGACGGGAGGCAUCAAUAGAUAGCAAGGCCUUCCAGCGCUUGUCCAUGACCAGCUCUAAAAAUGGUCAUGGACUUCCUUCUCCGGUUUCACCCAGAGGAUCGUCACGAAGCCGGCAUGAGGACCGGGAUAUUCCUCCGCUCCCGUCGGGGCCUAUCGCUAGCCUCGCCAGCAGCCCCGUGUUCACAUCGGGUAAUUCAGAGCCUUUUUAUUUCGGCAGCAACGAUAACCAUGAUAAAAGCGAUCAGGAUCAAGAUCCUCCAGAAACCUCACCCAGGGACAAAGUACGACAACUAGACGGCAUGGAAGGACUGGAUUUUGGCUUUACUACGAGAACGAAAUCUCCUGAAAUGAUGGAUGUCGAUAACAAACUUGAGGACAUAGAGGAAGAUGACUCGGAAAGAGCUCCAGACAGCCCGGGUCCCUCUGUCUCAGAGUACAAACUCGAUAGGGAGUUCUCCGUCUCAAAUUUUGCCAGCGGCCUUGGUAUCAGCGAUCCAUGCCAUGCCGCCAAUGAUUCUACUUCGUCUUCCAACUCGUCACCGUCGGAGGCGCCCUCGAACAGCUCUUUCUCAAGCAGGCCGUCUGAGUCCUCCAAUAUUUCCGAACCUAAGUCAAGCUUGUCGGAGAAAUACAAUGUCGAUCAUCUGCGUCUCCUCCAAGAAGAGCCGCCAACCCGACCAAAAGUAGAUCCCUUCGCUUACGAACUCGAUUCUCCAACCGAUCCCCUCUUCCAGCAAGGUCGGCUCUCCGAUCCUCCGGCUAAUACUUUCCCUUCGAGCUCAGAGACAAAAUACAGUACCCCAUCAACACAGCUCGAGCCAGCACAGCCGAAGAAAUACACCCCAUAUCGCUCCCCCACUCAAUCCCUUAACUCACAAUCCUCAACUUUUGAACAGCAGCAGCAGCAGCAAUCCCCGUCUUCACCACCGCUGCAGCCGGAAGUACAGCCAGAACCACAGGAAGUGCGAGAGCAGCAACAACAACCUCCCCCAGUGCCGGAAGAGGAAUCAGCAGCCCAACCACUACCUCCAUCUCGAUCCGCAACUCCUGGCAAACGCCGCCAUCCCUGCAGGGGUUGCGGUGAAAUUAUUACCGGGAAAUCAGUUUCUUCAGCAGAUGGCCGCUUGACAGGCCGCUAUCACAGGGCUUGUUUCGUCUGCCAUACUUGUCAUGCCCCCUUCCAAACAGCAGACUUUUACGUACUUGAUAAUCAUCCAUACUGUGCGGCGGAUUACCAUAGGCUAAAUGGUACCCUGUGUGCAGAGUGCGGUGAAGGGAUUGAGGGCCCUUGUCUCGAAGCAGAGGACAUCAACCCAUCGAACGGAGUUGGAAUUAGUUCGAGCAAGAAGAACCAAAAGUUCCAUCCAGGCUGUUUCAAGUGCCGCACCUGUCACAUCGUACUCAGAGGAGACUACUUUGAGUGGAACGGCAGCGCCUACUGUGAACGUGACGGUAGAAGGGCGGCAGGUUUGAUGCCUCCUCCGCGAUCACCAGGCUUCCCUCCACCACACGGUUACCAGGGCCAUCCGCCUCCGCCCAUGGGUCCUCCAGGUCCGGGCCCUGGCCCAGGAUACAGGAGGCCACCGCCCCCUUCAUCACCACUUGCAGGUCCACGACAAGGCGGUCGUGGUGACCCUCGUUACCGACCUAUGAAUCCAUCCUCUCUUCGACCAAGACCCGAUAAACACAGGCCGCACCCAUCUGAACACCAGUUCGUUAAUUCGUCCCUAACUCCAGCACCUGGACUCGAUAACGGACCAUACCCUUCCACUAGAAAAUUCCCGGAACGGCGGACAACGAAGCUGAUGAUGGUAUAA